UUUAAUGGACAAAAAAUGCUUUCUAAGUGACCCCAAACGAACGGUAGUACAUACUGUACAUAUGAUGGGAUGUAUAGACAGUAUGUGGAUAUAAUAUGUUGUAUAUCUGUAGAAUAUGUAGGACAGAAUAGUAUAUGUACAGCAAUAGUUAAAUAGAAUACAGUAUAUACAUAUGAAAUGAGUACAAUAGUAUGUAAACAUUAUUAAAGUGACCUGUGUUCCAUGGCUAUGUAAAUAGGGCGGCAGCCUCUAAUGGUGCAUGGUAGAGUAACCAGGUGGUAGCCGGCUAGUGACAGUGACUAAAUUCAGGUCAGAGUACUGGGCAGAGGCUGGCUAGUGGUGACUAUUUAACAGUCUGAUAGCAGCUGUUUUUCAGUCUCAGUAUCAUUAUUCAUGUUUACUGGCUACUUGUACUGUCUAGUUUGAAUGGAGCUGGUGGUCUAAGCCAAUAAUGAGUAUAUACUGUAUGUGGUCUAUCUCUGUUGUGAUUGACCUCUGUGACUUAAUGCUGUCUUCCCAGAACAAACUAUUAGGUCUGUUAUUACAUUGCAGUUGUGUUACCACUGUAUUAACACUGUCUGUCUCUCUCCCUCUCUCUCAGAGGGAGGAAUGCUAUGGCGGUGUCUCAGAGUAGUGUUAGCACGUGGAGUAGUAAGCAGGUGUCUGGCUGGCUGAAGCAGGAGGGGUUUGGGCAGUAUGUGGAGCUGCUGUGUUCUAAACAUCGUGUGGAUGGCCCCAGCCUGCUGACUCUAAGGGAGGCUGACCUGCGUGAACCCCCUCUGAGCCUCACUGUGCUGGGGGACAUCAAGAGGCUGGCCCUGGCCCUGCGGAGGCUCCAAAUACAGAACCAGAAGCAAAUGGAGGAGCUGGGGAUAUGGUUAGGGGGAUUAGGGGCUGCUGCUGGGGGGGACAGGGCCUGUCACGGGGAAGACUGGGGGGAUCACAGGGCUGACAGGCGGUGUAAUAGAGGGGAUUGUGUGUGUAACGGGGCAGGGCGCCGUCAGGUGGACUGUGGGGUCUCAGGGUCAUGGUCAGGGUCGCGACCCCGGUCAGGGAUGGCGUUAGAGGAAGACCAGUGCCACAUUCACUCCACUGGGGACAGGAAGUGCCUUCUAGGGCGUCUGGACCCAGAGCUGUGGAAGACAGUAGUCAGCUCUGUUUACGUCAUGCUCGUCUUCGGAUUUACCUCCUUCGUCAUGGUGAUCGUCCACGACCGCGUUCCCGAUAUGACAAUUUACCCGCCACUGCCCGACAUCUUCCUGGAUAGUGUACCCAGAAUCCCUUGGGCUUUUGCGAUGGCGGAGGCUUGUGGUUUAAUCCUAGUUUACAUCUUCCUGUUGGUGCUACUACUACACAAACACAGGUCUAUCAUAUUGCGGCGUCUGUGUUCUCUGAUUGGAACAGUGUUUCUGCUGCGUUGCGUCACCAUGUUUGUUACCUCCCUCUCUGUACCUGGACAACAUCUACAGUGCUCCAGUAAGAUGUAUGGUGAUACGUGGUCUAAGGUCCAGAGGGUGUUAGCUAUAUGGAGUGGCUUUGGCAUGACGCUGAAUGGAGUGGAUACCUGUGGAGAUUACAUGUUCUCUGGUCACACUGUGGUACUCACCAUACUCAACUUCUUCAUCACAGAGUAUACUCCUCGUAGCUGGCACCUGAUCCAUACCAUCUCCUGGGUACUGAAUCUGUUUGGUAUCUUCUUCAUCCUGGCAGCUCAUGAGCACUACUCCAUAGAUGUGUUCAUAGCUUUCUACAUCACCACCAGACUGUUCCUGUAUUACCACACUCUGGCCAACACCAGGGCCUUCCAACACAGCCGCCGUGCUCGGAUCUGGUUUCCCAUGUUCUCCUUCUUCGAGUGUAACGUCAACGGUCCUGUUCAUAACCAGUACAACUGGCCCUUCAGUGGGCCUGCCUGUAUGAAGACACUGAUUGGAUAACAACGCAGCACACACACACAAAGGCAGGGUUAGGCUUUAGUUAGUGUCAGGGUUCAAUUGGCCAGAUUUGAACUCCAACCUGGGGAAUUAAGUAUGUUCUAGAUUCUAAAGAAUUGCAUAUUGUACUUUCAGUAAUAUACAGAUAAUGUAUGGCUAGCAGUAGAUAUUGAGCUGUGUAUAAUGUAUGGCUAGCAGUAGAUAUUGAGCUGUGUUUAAUGUAUGGCUAGCAGUAGAUAUUGAGCUGUGUUUAAUGUGUGGCUAGCAGUAGAUAUUGAGCUGUGUUUAAUGUGUGGCUAGCAGUAGAUAUUGAGCUGUGUUUAAUGUGUGGCUAGCAGUAGAUAUUGAGCUGUGUUUAAUGUGUGGCUAGCAGUAGAUAUUGAGCUGUGUAUAAUGUAUGGCUAGCAGUAGAUAUUGAGCUGUGUUUAAUGUAUGGCUAGCAGUAGAUAUUGAGCUGUGUUUAAUGUAUGGCUAGCAGUAGAUAUUGAGCUGUGUUUAAUGUGUGGCUAGCAGUAGAUAUUGAGCUGUGUUUAAUGUAUGGCUAGCAGUAGAUAUUGAGCUGUGUAUAAUGUGUGGCUAGCAGUAGAUAUUGAGCUGUGUUUAAUGUAUGGCUAGCAGUAGAUAUUGAGCUGUGUUUAAUGUAUGGCUAGCAGUAGAUAUUGAGCUGUGUUUAAUGUAUGGCUAGCAGUAGAUAUUGAGCUGUGUAUAAUGUAUGGCUAGCAGUAGAUAUUGAGCUGUGUUUAAUGUAUGGCUAGCAGUAGAUAUUGAGCUGUGUUUAAUGUAUGGCUAGCAGUAGAUAUUGAGCUGUGUUUAAUGUAUGGCUAGCAGUAGAUAUUGAGCUGUGUUUAAUGUAUGGCUAGCAGUAGAUAUUGAGCUGUGUUUAAUGUAUGGCUAGCAGUAGAUAUUGAGCUGUGUUUAAUGUAUGGCUAGCAGUAGAUAUUGAGCUGUGUAUAAUGUAUGGCUAGCAGUAGAUAUUGAGCUGUGUUUAAUGUGUGGCUAGCAGUAGAUAUUGAGCUGUGUUUAAUGUGUGGCUAGCAGUAGAUAUUGAGCUGUGUUUAAUGUGUGGCUAGCAGUAGAUAUUGAGCUGUGUAUAAUGUAUGGCUAGCAGUAGAUAUUGAGCUGUGUUUAAUGUAUGGCUAGCAGUAGAUAUUGAGCUGUGUAUAAUGUAUGGCUAGCAGUAGAUAUUGAGCUGUGUUUAAUGUGUGGCUAGCAGUAGAUAUUGAGCUGUGUUUAAUGUGUGGCUAGCAGUAGAUAUUGAGCUGUGUUUAAUGUAUGGCUAGCAGUAGAUAUUGAGCUGUGUUUAAUGUAUGGCUAGCAGUAGAUAUUGAGCUGUGUAUAAUGUAUGGCUAGCAGUAGAUAUUGAGCUGUGUUUAAUGUAUGGCUAGCAGUAGAUAUUGAGCUGUGUAUAAUGUAUGGCUAGCAGUAGAUAUUGAGCUGUGUUUAAUGUAUGGCUAGCAGUAGAUAUUGAGCUGUGUAUAAUGUAUGGCUAGCAGUAGAUAUUGAGCUGUGUUUAAUGUAUGGCUAGCAGUAGAUAUUGAGCUGUGUAUAAUGUAUGGCUAGCAGUAGAUAUUGAGCUGUGUUUAAUGUGUGGCUAGCAGUAGAUAUUGAGCUGUGUAUAAUGUAUGGCUAGCAGUAGAUAUUGAGCUGUGUUUAAUGUAUGGCUAGCAGUAGAUAUUGAGCUGUGUAUAAUGUAUGGCUAGCAGUAGAUAUUGAGCUGUGUAUAAUGUGUGGCUAGCAGUAGAUAUUGAGCUGUGUUUAAUGUGUGGCUAGCAGUAGAUAUUGAGCUGUGUAUAAUGUAUGGCUAGCAGUAGAUAUUGAGCUGUGUUUAAUGUAUGGCUAGCAGUAGAUAUUGAGCUGUGUAUAAUGUGUGUUGUUUAUUGAUGAGUUUAAUCAGUUAGUUACGUGGUAGUGUAUGUAUCUGGCCAUAUUUAAUGUAUUGGAAUCUGUGGUUUAUUAACAUCAUGUAUGUACACUGAGUGUACUAGACAUUAGGACUCUUUCCACAACAUAGACUGACCAGGUGAAUCAAGGUGAAAGUAUUGAUGUAUUGAUGUCACUUGUUAAAUCCACUUCAAUUAUUGUAGAUGAAGGAGAGGAGACAGGU